AUGAGCGACACCUCCGAGUUAGCAAAAGGCUACACCCUCGUCAACGAUACCCAAUACAAAGCCGGACAGUAUCUCCUCGAAAAACUCGCUCUCACCCAUACCCCCAACAUCCAAAUCCUCGACAUCGGCUGCGGGCCCGGCAAUCUCACCGCGUACAUUUCCUCACUUUUCCCAGACGGAAAAGUAAUCGGUAUCGAUCCCAGUUCUUCUCGUAUCGCGCUCGCUCUCUCGAGUUAUGGAGAUCAUGCCAAUCUUGAAUUUUAUGAAGGCAUCGCGGAGGAUCUUGCACGAUUUGGGGAUGAGAGGUUUGAUGUGGUGUUUAUGAAUAGUACGUUUCAUUGGGUUGGGGAUCAGGAGGGGGCGUUGAGGGAAUGUUUCAGGGUGAUGAAAAAAGGAGGAAAGCUUGGGAUUUCGGGGGGAUCGGGGGAUUUCGAGGCGCUGCAUGAGAGGAUUAAGAGGGAGGUUUUGGGGAGAGAACCGUAUGGGGGGUUUGUGGAGAAGGAGAGUGGACCGAGAUUUUUGGGAAAGAGGGAGAUGGGGGAGAUGCUAGGGAAGGCGGGGUUUGAGAGCUGGGAAAUAGGGACGAAUAGGAUUGUGAAGGUGGCGAGGGAUGGGGUGGAGAUGGUGAGGUGGUUGGAUGUUAGUUCGUCGGGGAAGACUUAUGGGGGGAUUCCGGAGAGGUUGAGGGAGAGUGCGAGGAGGGAGAUGGUGAGGGAGUGGGAGGGGUAUAGGGGAGAGGAGGGGAUUAGGAUGGAGAUUGAGUUGUUGGUUACGGUUGCUAUUAAGGGGGGAGUUGGGAACUGA